AUGACUUACAUCACGAUGGUUGCCUACCCGUUUGUGGCUGACGCCAAGUUCAAUUUGCAGUAUUACACCAACAACCACAUGGAGCUGGUCUCCAAGCACUGGAAGCGGUAUGGACUUUUGGAUUGGAAGGUCGUCACUUUCGAUGCAGCUCCAGAUGGGUCAAAACAGUACAGUGUUGCGUCGACCAUGACAUGGGAGUCGGCUGAGGGAUUCCAAGAUGCAAUGAAAAGCGAGACUGCUGCCGAGCUUGCCGCAGACAUGGAGAACUUCUCUGAUCGUCCACCUGUAUUCUUGAUCGGUAAUGUUGCUGCCUCGGGGUAG